CCGCAUUCCGACAACAGCCUCAUCCUCCUCCGCAUGUUGCACACGGCCAGGCGCACACCUCCGCCAUACGCUACCUGGAUGACGAUGUCGUGCCAUCAACACAUUCAACAGGCUCUUGGUGUCUUGACGGCCAUGGAGAUGCCAGCGAGAUAUAUAAGGCAUCACCACCCAGCUGUUUGAAUAAUAUCAUCAUCACCAUCAUUGGGUUCGCGACCUCACAUUCAGCAACAAAAGUCAAUUUUACAUCCAUCGACAAACAUCAGUCUUAGCAAAGAAACCUCGACUACCACAACAAUGAGAUUUUCCAACCUUGUGACCGUGGCCCUCAUGGCCACUUCGGCCGCCUCCUUCCCUAUCAGCGCAGCCGGCAAUGCUCCCGCGCCAGUUGAGGGUCUUGAGGGCCUCAUGGGCCGCAAUGCGGAACCCCAGAAACUUAAGGUCGACAAGCGCGAGCCCCAGAAGCUCAAGGUCGACAAGCGUGAGCCCCAGAAGCUCAAGGUCGAUAAGCGCGACCCUGAACCCCAGAAGCUCAAGGUCGAUAAGCGUGAGCCUCAGAAGCUCAAGGUCGACAAGCGCGAGCCCCAGAAGCUCAAGGUUGACAAGCGCGAGCCCCAGAAGCUCAAGGUCGAUAAGCGCGAGCCCCAGAAGCUCAAGGUCGACAAGCGUGAGCCCCAGAAGCUCAAGGUCGACAAGCGUGAGCCCCAGAAGCUCAAGGUCGAUAAGCGCGACCCUGAACCCCAGAAGCUCAAGGUCGAUAAGCGUGAGCCUCAGAAGCUCAAGGUCGACAAGCGCGAGCCCCAGAAGCUCAAGGUCGACAAGCGUGAGCCCCAGAAGCUCAAGGUCGAUAAGCGUGAGCCUCAGAAGCUUAAGGUUGACAAGCGCGAGCCAGAGCCCCAGAAGCUCAAGGUUGACAAGCGUGAGCCAGAGACCCCAAAGCUUACUCUCGAUAAGCGCGAGCCCGAACCCCAGAAGCUCAAGGUCGACAAGCGCGAGCCCCAGAAGCUCAAGGUUGACAAGCGCGAGCCCCAGAAGCUCAAGGUCGACAAGCGUGAGCCCCAGAAGCUUAAGGUUGACUAAAUAUAUUGUCUUGGAAGGCCUGCAAGUAUCUAACACCACAACGUUGGGCUUCCAGGAAUGGUUCAGUGUAAUUAGUCGCUCAUGGAUAGAGUAGAGUGAAGAAAUGAUAGUUGAAGUAAGAAUGCGAAC